AUAAAAACGUAGAUGGUAAGAGGCAAUGGUCGUGGUAGCGAAUUGAUUUGUUAAGGCGUUUACGCAUUCACGAAUUCUCGCGUUCACGUAUUCAUGCUUCCUCGUAUUCACGCAUUCACGUGUCCAUACGUUACCGUGUUUACAAAUCUACGCAUUUUUGACAGUUUCGUAUUUACGCAUUCACCAUAGGACACGCCGAAUGAGAGUUUACCUUGUCCCGAGUGCGUAGAUACGUCUACACAGAUACAUAGGAUACAUAGAUAUGUAGGUUGGAGUUGGAGUACGCGUUCAUGGUUGCGGUUGCGAGUUCGAGGGAAGCGAAAACGGACGCUGGUAGAAUUGGAAUGUCGGCGCGUGAAAGUUUGCAAGGGAUCGGGCUGCAGUGAGAACACGGAAGAAAAUCAAUCGUCGCCAAUCUCUUCGCGAUAAACAGUCAUCUGUUCGAAUCAUGUUGAAUGUCAAAGCAGCGCGACAGCGAUCUCGGAUAUCUAAUACGGAAAGUAUUAUUGCGUUCGGCAAAGCAGCAUGGAAGUAACCUGUUUGUCGGUGUUAUUGCAAAACAUUUUGGACGUUACGGUGACAUUUCCGAAAAGGUGCUGGCACCGGACGGACCGUUCGAUCGUGGAUCCGUAAUCGACCCGCAACGAUGUGAAACAUAAAAAAUUGAUCGCACGACAAACCUAAAGCAAGGGGCAGACGUGCUGCUGCGAAACUGUCAUCAUGCAUCAGUUACUGCAUCUUCGCAGUCGUCCUCUGCAAACGCUUAUUCUUGGUCUAAUCGGCUUAACCUUUUACGCAUAUUAUCGCACCACUUACUACGACGUGCCACAAUACGCUGUACCUCGAAAUACCAGUCGUGUUGCCCCGUAUCAAGAGGCAUUCAAGCAACAUGUCAACUCGAGUCCCGAGCAGCAUGUCGCCGUAAUCUCGAGAAAUACGUCCUCCGAACAGUACGUUAUUGCUCCUUUCAAUCUACAGGCAAUUGCCAAUCUACAGGCAGUUGCCAAUCUAUCAAGCUCCGUGGCUACAACUUCGUCUACGUCGUCGACGUCUUUGAUUCAAUCAUCGGCGAGCGUUUCCAACGAAACCAAAGAACCAUCUGCUUUACGCAACGAGUAUUUGGCAAGAGCCAUUUACGAAGCUGGCCAUACUGUACCUAUACCGGAGAGAUGUCCAAAUUUUGGCAAGGAAAUGGACUUGGUAAUAAUAAUAAUGUCUGCACCACCCCAUCUAGAGGCACGAACAGCCAUACGACAAACAUGGGGUCAUUUUGGUCAGAGAAGUGACAUUAGCGUUUUGUUCAUGUUGGGUGCAACGCUAGACUCCAAAAUGGAAGCAAUUUUAAAAAAGGAACAGAAAACUUACAACGACGUGAUACGUGGAAAGUUUUUAGAUUCUUAUUCCAAUUUAACCCUUAAAACAAUUUCUACCCUAGAAUGGGUAGAUAGCUAUUGUUCCAAGGUUAAAUUUCUACUAAAGACCGACGACGAUAUGUUCAUCAAUGUACCGCGUCUACAGUCGUUCGCUAUGAAACAUGCGAAAGAUAGAAGCGUGAUAUUUGGUAGAUUGGCGAAAAAGUGGAAACCAAUCAGGAGUAAGAAAAGCAAGUAUCAUGUAUCUAGAACGCAAUUCAAGAAUGCCGUUUUCCCAGAUUUUACUACUGGGCCGGCUUAUUUGUUGUCAACCGAUAUAGUGCGUAAGUUGUACGAAGCCGCGUUGAAUCAAACGUAUCUGAAACUCGAAGACGUAUUCGUGACUGGAAUUGUCGCGGACAAGCUUGGAAUUAAAAGGACGCAUGCCAACGAAUUCUUAAACAAAAAGAUAUCGUACAGUGCGUGCAACGUUCAACGAGGAAUCAGUAUACAUAUGGUCAAAUAUAGCGAACAGUUUGAUCUUUGGAAAAAGUUACUCGACGGCAAAAGCAAAUGUAAGUGAUGGUCAGUGGUUACAUGAACCCCUGUUUCCUCGGUGUACUCAAUACCAGACGGUUGCGCGUCGCGUUGACGCUUACUCCUACUCGUUUGUCGAUCUGUAUUCUAUGAUGGUCUGGUACAAACGUGUUCCUUAGUUUUAACGAUAAGUUGACAAACAACAUUUGUAUAUUCGAACUAUAUGGAUAAGGAAUAAUCGCUCUCGCUGCUCGAUGCUCCUUGCUAAUCGCAUAUCUGUCUGUUAACUUCAAUCGAAACUUGUCAACUUUUUCCUUUCACUCAUUAUUCUCAAUAUUGCGAUCAUUACGAUCAACAUGUAAGCAUUAACGGUAAAAGACCCAUCAUUUAGAACACAUCUAAGCUUGUACUAUUCAUUGAGACAUGCAAUACUCGCUCGUCAUUGACGAAGGAUAUAUAACUUUGAAUGCUACUUGUUAUUGCAAUGGCAAAGUCGAUUCUCCUACUCUCUCAGUGCCAUACAUUGUACAUUGUACACUUAAACAGAGAAACGCUGCGAUCAACUCAUUGUUGCUUUCGUAGUUUGCGAAAUCUUUUUGAACGAUUGCAUAAUGUCACAUUACUCGUGUCUGAAAUACACGAUUAAUAUUUCGUAAAGACAACGAAAUCCGUGAGAGUCGAGAGGUAGGCGAUUCAAGGUAUGUGUUUUUGAUUUGUACUCGAAUGCGCAACAUCGCCUGCAAUGCAGACUUUGCAGUUUAAAUAACCAUAUCGUAUGCUUUAAAUACUUGUCAUUCUUUCAUCUAUCACGGGACAAGAUGUUUUGAUCGCAAUAUGCAUGCAAAUGGUAUAGGCGAUUAUUAUUAUGGCUCGAAAGAACAAAAUAUUGAAAUAUCCUCAUAUGUGAUUCUUGCGGCAUUCGUACGAAUCAAAUACUUGCCUUUUAAUAUUGUAUGGUAUAUUGUACAUGCAAUACUAAUACAUUCGAAUAUACUGGUUCCCUCGUUUGUUCAGCGGCUGCGAUUUCAAGUAGAACAUGAUUGAUUCAUUAAUGGCUUACGAAAAAAACUGAACUGUCGAGUAAACCGGUCUGAUCGGUUCAUUACAUACCACUCUCGAUCAUAGUGAUUAUGUUAAUUACGUUUGCCACUUUUUUAAUGUUUGCUCUCUAACAUUUUUUUUUAUUCGGACAAAUUAUUUUUUUACUAUUUGCUCCCCGUUCCUUGCCCCUUGCUCCUUCCUCCUUCCUCCUCGCUCUUCGUUCCUUAUUUCCAAGUUUCUCUUAGAAUCGGAAAUAUCAACGACCGAUUUAUUAUUUCGUUGAUUAACACAUGAACGCUCUCUAUCGUCUCUUUAGUCAUUGAAAUGCAAUUUCUUAAAUGAUCUUCUGACUCACCACAUUUCUAACGUAUGAGAGUUUCUGCUUGGAUUAGAAGAAAAUUGUAAAGAUUGUAUCGAAUACAGAAAGAUCAGCGAUUUGCGAUUGCGAAAUUCUACCUUGUGCGAUUUAGAUCACAUCCGCUGCAAAGCGGACUCGGAAAGGAGUCCGGUGCAUGUAACUUCUACGUGUAGCGACUACGUGGUAUAGCGAAAAAUAAUAUAGAAAUUAUGAUGCCUUCCAAAUCGACAGAUAUAUCAACAAUCGUGCACAUGUGACCACUAUUUGUAUAUCAUAUGUCAUACAUUCCAUACACUGUUGCUAGAUUAGCUACUAUUCUCGAACGAUUUACAUUUACAUUUUAUUUUUAUACGGUUUUAUUACUUGUGUGUAUCUCUGGUUCGUUCGUAUGAACGUGUCAACAUCAGUAUUGACACAGUUGAUAUACAAUCAACAUCAAGUGUUCGAUUGUACGCUCGAUCGUCUCCUCAUAGAUCGAUUCUUUAAUAAAACAGUUGUUCCUGUUUUACGUUGAGUAAAAGUGCAACAUCAGAAAUAAAUUUCGAUUCUAUAUUCCUGCAUUAUCGAAAAUAUCCAAACAUUUUGGCUACGUGAACAUUUCUUUUUAAUAUAAUUGAAAUACAACUUUGAAAUUUUUCGAUUUUGAGUAAAAAUCUUUAUACAAUCCUUCAGUCCGCAUCUUAACGAUUUGAAAUUGCGCGCAGACGCAGUCCUGCAGCAGCGUUCCUUUGUAGAGUGGUAUAGACACAGACUAUAGAGUCUAUAGUAUAGGCUAUAGUCACAAAAAUCGGUUAGAGACAGAGGGUCUCUAAAAUCGGUGAAUUCGUUGCACACUCUACGUUGAACAAUUAACAAUUGGAAAACUACAUCGGACAAAACGAUUGAAGUUGGUUAAUUGAUAAAUCUGAGAAAUAAAUAACUAACGAUAUUACAGCAGCUA